CUUGUUUUUUACAGGGCAUCAACGCCUUGCAACGGAAGCAUACUUUUGUCUUCCCAUACAGUACAUGUAGUAAUACAUGUAGAAGAGCCUGAAAAGGAAAACCUGUGGCUGCCGGUCCCGGAAAUACCAUCCAAGUCCUGUCCGAAAGGAGUCAGACACCAUGAUUAAACGCAAACUGAGCUUCAAAUGGUUCGGAAGUCUCGUCAGCCUCCGGCGGAAAUCCGACUCCCAUAAGGAUGAAUCUGAAGUCAAAGCGGUGUCGGCCGAUGAUAUGGGCAUGCAUACACGGAGUGCCGGAUAUGCCAACUCCAGUGAAAUGUGCACCCACGUGGGCACAAUGCCACGUCAUUCAAAGAAAGAGAAAAGCUUAAAGAAGAGCAAGUCCAAGGACAAGAUCGGGCUGGGCCGGAGUCAGAGCAUGAGACCUAUACAAGAUGAUGUGGUUGACUCUCCUCUUCUCAGUGUUCUUUCUGGAAAAGGCCUUGAGGUUUUGGAUGAGCGCAUCAUUGAAGGAAAGACUGCUGGAGAGACAAAAGAUGCUCAUAUUCAGAACCGGGAUCUUCCUUCUCCCCCAACUUUGUAUGGACACUCAAGCGAGCAGGUUACUGCAGAAAAGGAGCCAGUCAUUGAUCAGUCAGAUCCAUGUCCACAAACUUCAGGUGUCGGACCACCAGAUCUAUGUUUGACCAAAGAGUCAAAUGUUCAACCGGUGCUGCCCAUGAAGAGACAAAAGACAGAUGUCUCCAUGAAGGACACUGCUGAUCUCCAAUCGGUUCAUUCGCCUCUGAAGAUCGACAGCCAGAUGGAAGUUGGGGAAGAUGCUAAUAAAAAAGAUCAAGAUCCCAAAGAGCCAAACAGGCAGCUGGACACCAUAGACAGUCAAGGGGAAUAUGUAGAGUUCUCCAAAGAGAAGUAUCUGCUGGAGUCUCCACCGGAGAAACUCAAGAAAGAGCUGGAGGAGGAACUCAAGCUCAGUAGCAGUGACAUGAGGAGCCACGGCUGGUACCAUGGCCAUAUUCCACGAGAGGUCGCAGAAACCGUGGUAUCACGUAGCGGCGAAUUCCUUGUCCGGGACUCCCUGUCCACCGUGGGCGACUAUGUCCUGACGUGUCGCUGGCAGCAGGAAGUUGUACAUUGUCGGAUAAGUAAAGUUCUCGUCAAGAGCGGGCAAACCAAAAUCCAGUACAUGCUGGAACACGAGAGCUUUGACUCGGUGCCCACGCUGGUCAGGCACCAUGCCGGCACGGGCCGGGCCGUAUGCCCACGCACCGGAGCCCAGCUGCUGUGUCCGGUCAACCGAACGCUGCCACUGAGAUACGUGGAGGCGACGUUUGCUUUAGCUGGUGGGAGACCAGGAUCUGGACAUUCGCCAUCAAGCCAGAGGGGGGCGCACAUCAAAAGACGUAGCGUUACUAUGACGGACGGAUUAACGACGGAAAAGAUCAUUCCUCACAGCCCCUCUACUGUACAUCAUAAGGAUGCUAUGAGAAACUGCGCCAUGAGUAUGGAUCAGAUACAAGAGUAUCGUCGCCCCCUGUCCCCUGUUGGAGAGACUCCCCUAUCCCCUGCGUACACCGGCAUGUCCCGCCACAGACAUGGCUCAGGUGGGCGUAUCCUUGCCGUAAUCCCGCCCUCCCCUGUGAUGCGACGGUCUAGUGAUCCCAAUCUCUCACCCUCCUCCUCCAAUAACAACCUUCAUUGCUCAGAGACUCCCCCUAGCAUCCACUCCACGCCUGUCCCCCAUGGAUAUCCCUCCGAGAGUUCGGAGCCCGGGGGAAGCUACUGUGAGUUGAGACCCGGACAAGCCCCCACGCCAGCCUCUAAGAGUUAUGUGGAGAGGCUGAGAGUAGAGGAGGGCCAAAGCCAAGGCUCUGGAGCGAAUGAAGGGGUAGACGGCUUCAUGCUCCCUCUAGUGGAGACCAGCUCUUCCUUCAAGCCAGGAAAAUACCAGUCGACUCUUCUGCCGGCAGAAAAUAAGCCACUGGAGAUGAGCGUGUUGAAGAAAGUCAAGGAGCUGUUGGCGGAGGUGGAUCCAAAGACAGCCGCCAAGCACAUUACCAUGGCAGACUGCACGGUUGCUAGGAUACUGGGCGUUACCAAGGAGAUGCAGAGGAUGAUGGGGGUGAGCUCAGGGCUGGAGUUGCUGACUCUUCCGCAUGGACACCAGCUGCGGCUGGACCUACUGGAGAGGUUUUACACCAUGUCUAUAAUGAUGGCGGUUGAUUUGCUCGGCUGUACGGGCAGCACGGACGAGAGAGCCGCCUUGCUUCAUAAGACCAUCCAGCUAGCCGCUGAACUCAAGAGCAACAUGGGCAACAUGUACGGAUUUGCCGCAGUCAUGAAAGCCCUGGAGCUGCCGCAGAUCUCACGGUUGGAGCAGACAUGGAUGACACUGAGACAGAGACACACUGAAGGUGCCAUUCUCUAUGAGAAGAAACUCAAGCCCUUCCUCAAAGCCAUCAAUGAUGGCAAAGAGACCUGUGUGCUCUCCAACACCUCCUUCCCUCACGUGGUGCCAGUUUUGUCCCUGAUGGAGCGUGGUGUGGCGGCAGGGGAGGCCCUGGAGUCAUGGGAGAGUGUGGAGUCUGGGGUGGAUGUGGUCAUGAGCCAUCUGGAAGCGGCACGCACCAUCGCUCACCACGGAGGACUUUAUCGCACCAACGCCGAGAGCAAACUGCAAGACUUCCAGGAGCGCAAAGAGGUGCUGGAAAUCUUUUGUACGGAGUUUCAGAUGAGGCUUUUAUGGGGCAGUCGUGGCUCAGAAGGCAGCCAGACCGAACGCUAUGAAAAGUUCGAUAAAGUCCUCACUGCUCUUUCCCAUAAGCUAGAACCUCCUGUACGACACAGUGAAUUAUAGCACGCUGACCACCACCUCCCCCCCCCCCAGACACAAAUGGUAUGAUCCUUCACCUUUAUGUCACUUCUCCCCCUGGACUACUAUGUUUUGGGGGGAAGCGGAGGUUAAAACAACCAGGGAAUGACUUGUUGUCCAAAACAAGGCACAAAAGGGCACAGGCAAAAUGCGAGCAUGACAGCGCCCCCUUAAGUAAACAGACAUAAACUGCAGCAAUGGAAUGAAUACAAAUCUAAAGCCAAAACAUCAGUAAUGGGAGAAAACCCAGGAAAGCAUAUUCUUUUUCGAAUGCACUUCCUUUUCACAUAAGAGAAUGUGAUUAUGUCGACUCACUUAAAUCCUGUUUUCUGUGAAUCUACGUCAAUAAUGCGAACAAAGACGUCUUGCGUACGUGUCAUUUGCUCCUCUCUCUAUUGAAGAUAAUACUUCAUGGUUUACUGCUGGAACAGACUACUUACUCACCUGUCAAAUAUCUGAAUGUAUGUUGCCAAAUCAUAUAAAUUUUAACCGAUACCUGCUGGAUAAAGAGUCUUAUUUUUAUGCUAAUCAUUUUGUUUUGAUAUGUUUUUUUUGUUUGUUUUUUAGGUUGUUAUGAAUGUUAAGAAUUGAGCAGACAGCAAUUGUGAAGAUAUGGGCCUUUAUUUUUUAAGACCCCAUGAAAUGCAUUUAGUUCCAUUAUGUGCGACUAUACUUCUUAAAGUUGACUUAAAGUGAACAUAUGCAUUUUAAAUGUACAGUCUUGAACUGGACUUAUUGAUUGGCUCAUACCACCUUCCACCGACUAGCAAUAGCAAGUAGCAAAUAAAGAUUACGCCCCGCUGUAGUGUAAGUUAAGGCGGUGACUCUUUAUAUUUGUGACCCUGUCUGUGAAAUCCAGGCUAAAGUCUCAUAAUCUAACUAAUAUGAUAUUAGCAUCAAAGUAGUCACUGGUUUUUCUUUAGUUUCAAUUUUACUCAAGGUAUUAAGGUUAAAUUUUUACGAAAUGUAGGAUUUUAUAUAAAAAUAAUAAAUCACCAACAAAUCCUGAGUUUUCAUAGACAGGGUCAUAGUUAAUCAGAAAUAAUUGAUUGAUAUGUCCAACUUCCUGUUUUAGUAGUAAAUACGCCAAUAAACUAUUUCAUGGGGUCUUUAAUGUUUCAUUACAACGCAUGCUUGUCAUUAUGACCAUCGCUCUGAGGUUUUUAGCUGUCUAGAUACAUAUUCUGAAUGAGACAGAAUCACGCGAAUGUCAGCUUGUACAAAAUUGUCUAACCUGUUCUAACCUGUGGCCUGGACGAAAUAAUUUCAGGGUUAAAGAUCUUCAUUGGAGAGUCACCAUAAGCAAUCUCAUUUAGUCAAGCAACAUAUGUAAUCUAUGUCUGGAUUUUGCUUUUUGCAAAAUAACAUUAUGGCAAUAAGUUAUAUUACAACUGACUACUUGGAGGAUUUCUUGUUAGUGGUGUUGCUAAAGCAAGCAUACCACACCCAGCAAAGUGAUCGAUACUUCAAACAGUGCGAGAUGCUGUCACUGUUCAAACCAGUCAGACUCCUUUUGCUUUAAUGUUUGAUGAACAGACUAAAUAUCCCAUAGUUUUACACUGAGGGGAAGGACUUGAGCCAUAGGGAUAGAUUGAGGCCAGCUAGCAUGCACCUGGAACACCUUAACAACAUACUAACAACAACAUUACAGUAGCAAUCACAUCAUUUGCAUAUGUAAGCAAGCACCACUCACUUUGCCUUCACUGAAAUCUUGUUUAAACAGAAGUUGUUUUAAUGUAAAGAAAGAGUAUAGGUGGAUGAUCACAUUCAUUAGGUUGAUUUAAAAAAAGUGUCGCGCGCAGUUUCCAUGUUUUGGGAGCCGAACAAACCCAAAGUCACAUACAUAUACCUCUUUCAGCAGUGUAUGUUUUCUAUACUUAUUAUGGGUCCAUAAAGUGUAAAAGGUCUAUCUAUCCAGUUCUGUUGCGUUUGCGCGUCACGUUCAGGCUGCUAUAUGUCAUACCCUAUCUAUUAAUGCAUAAUACCAGGGAGUUUCAGGUAUCUUAAUAAAGGCACAUCUAAAGAUAGAUGAUGCUAUCAGGAGGAUUGAAGAGCAUCAUAUGCAAUUCCACUUUUAGCCAGCAGAGGGCUCUGUUUAGUAAGCUCAAAAAUAAGAAAGAGGCGUAUGUUUUUGACCUUUUCAAAGUUUUUUUUU